AUGACUGUUGCUACCGUCUUACUGCAAGCCACCUCCUUACUUUCCAGCCUGUCGCAGCUACGCACCAAUGGUAAAUAUCUGUGCUUGCCUUUUCAGGUUAUCUGCGUACUUCUAGCUUCUAGAGAGACGCUGUGCUUACAAUCUUAUCCUAAAGGUGCUUCCAACCUCGGAACCUUCGAAGCACCAAAGCUACCAGCGUUUCUCGAAAACAAUCCUAUAAUCAACGGCUUUCCAUGGGGUGCGAAAGGCGCUUCGACCGCAGAUCCCUACACCGGCGCCGCCGAUACGGGUGUUACUCGCUCAUAUGAUUUCACAAUAGCUAGGGGAACUGUAAGUCCCGAUGGAUACCAGAAAAACAUGCUCCUGAUCAAUGGCCAAUACCCAGGGCCUUUGAUCGAAGCCAAUUGGGGAGAUACCAUUCAAGUCACCGUGAACAAUGCCAUCUCCGGGCCGGCCGAAGGUACCGCCAUGCAUUGGCAUGGUCUCAACCAGCUGAACACCGAAUGGGCAGACGGCGUUCCAGGUGUUUCGAUGUGCCCAGUACCGCCUGGUGGGAGUUUCACACACACUUUCAAAGCCACUCCAUAUGGCAGUACUUUCUACCACUCGCAUUAUUCCUCUCAAUACGCUGAUGGCCUUUGGGGCCCAAUUGUGAUACACGGACCCAAAAACUACCCCUACGACAUCGACCUGGGCCCAGUGACACUCAACGACUACUACCACAAAGGCUACUUCACCGUUUUGGAAGGCGUCAUGGGAACCGACCUCUCAGACGAAAGCCUCGUUCGACCAGCAUCUGACAACAACUUGAUCAACGGCAAGAUGGACUUCGCAUGUGGUAACAGCACUGGCAACAGUACCAUGGGCACCUGCGUCAAUAAUGCUGGCUUGUCCAAGUUCAGCUUCACUAGUGGCAAGAAGCAUAGGCUGAGGUUGAUCAACACUGGUAUCGCUGCUAUCCAGAAAUUCAGUAUAGAUAACCAUAACAUGACCGUCAUCGCUAAUGACUUCAUUCCUAUCGUACCGUAUGAGACUACAAUUGUAACACUAGGCGUCGGCCAACGCACCGACAUCGUCGUCGAAGCAACCGGCGAUCCUACCGAUGUCGUCUGGAUGCGCUCACACAUCACGUCCGGCGCCUGCACCGAACCCGCCAAUCAGCCCCUAGCUCUCGCAGUCAUCUACUACGAAGACGCAAACACAAAAUCCGCCCCUGGCAACGCUUCGGUCGCGCAAACAGACACCACGCCCGCCUGUCUGAAUGACCCUCUCUCUUAUACCGAACCAAUGUAUCCCAUCGCAGCCGCUGGUACCAACACCACGGUCACCCUGAACGUCGCCGUCGCGGUCAAUUCCACAGGCCACAUUGUCUGGACUAUCAACGAUAGUGCGUUUGAAGCGGAUUGGAACAAUCCCAUACUGCUACUGGCAAAGAGUGGCAAUACUAGUUACCCGGCGGUCGAUGCGGAUUGGAACGUUUAUAACAUGGGGACAAACAAGACUGUGAGGUUUAUUGUCAAUAAUACGAGUCCCACGAGUCAUCCGUGGCAUUUGCACGGGCACGAGAUGCAAGUCCUAUCCGUCGGACUGGGCGCAUGGGGCGGUGCCAUCACUAACCCUAGCAACCCCCAGCGCCGCGACGUACAGAUCGUACCCGCGAAUGGCUAUGCUCAGAUUGAAGACCCCUCCCUCCUCCUGACAACAACGAUGGCUCCGCAAGCCUCGUGGGGCGGGCACGCCAGGAUCAAAGGCUACACCAAGCUUCAGCGCAUGGCGAUGCUGACUUUCUCGUUGAUUGGACUUCAGUUUACAUGGGCCGUAGAAAUGACAUACUUCGAGCCGCAUCUCCUGAGAUUGGGUCUGGCGAAGAGCCAGACUUCGCUCGUGUGGAUCGCUCCUCCGCUGUCUGGGCUGAUUGUGCAGCCGGUUAUUGGCGUCUUGUCGGAUGCUUCGCAAUCGAGGUGGGGUAGGAGGAGGCCGUUCAUGCUGCUUUUCUCCCUCUUGGUGGCUUUGUUCCUCGUCGUGCUUGCCUGGGCGUCGGAGAUUGUUGGGGUGUUUACUGCUGAUGAGGUUAUGGUGAAAAGCGCGACGGUGGCUUUGGCCGUGUUCUGUAUCUAUGCCGUGGACUUUGCGAUCAAUGGGGUGCAAGCGACCUGCCGCAGCCUCAUCGUGGACACACUUCCAGAAUCUCAGCAGCAACUUGGCUCAGCAUGGGCGGGUAGGAUGCUCGGACUCGGUCAAUUACUUGGCUAUCUUGUCGGCACUAUCAACUUGUCAAAGCAUAUCGGAACGACUCUGGGAGCGACUCAGUUUAAACAGAUUUGCGUCAUUGCGGGAGCUACAAUUAUUUCCUGCGUCAGCGUGACUUGCUUCUGCGUUGAAGAACGUGUGCUGCUUUCUAAAAGAACUCACCGCGCAAAGUCAGGAGGACUGGCGAUGCUGUCGACGAUACUCAGAACGAUGCUCCAUCUACCGAGCAAGAUCAGGGCGGUGUGUUGGAUUACUUUCUGGUCUUGGUUCGGGUGGUCUCCAUUCUUUGUCUAUGGUACUACGUGGGUCGGAGAGACAUACUACCGCCAGAACGCCGACAACGCUGCGGAAUUGCAGACCAAAAAUGACAUGGUGGGCGAAAUUGCUAGGAAGGGUUCUUUGGCCUUGGUCUUGUUCUCUGUGAUUUCCUUCAUCAGCUCAAUCUUUUUGCCUUUCCUAGUAUCGUUGCCCUCCGACGGCAUCGCCCAGCAUCCUGUUAGAAAUACCCCACGACCGCUUAAACGAACCUCGAGCCUCUUCCAGCGGUACCAUAUUAACAUUACGGCAGCCUGGGGUAUGUCACAAUUAGCGUUUGCGGCUUCGAUGAUCCUAACCCCAUUCUCGACUUCCUUUCAAUUCGCAACUACCCUCAUUGCCCUUUGCGGAGCAUCCUGGGCCAUGUACGGCUGGGCACCUCUCGCAAUCAUGGGCGAAGAAAUCAACAAGCUUUCACCCUCUACCUCCACACCUGCAACCCAUUCCCGGAGCACAGAAGACAGCGCGGUCGAGAUGUCCCUCAUGUCCGAUGACCCUCUCUCAACACCAGAGGAAUUGCCGUCACCUACCGUCAAGAGCCAGCAAUCGGACCUCGGCGCAGACGACGGCAUGGCAGGUAUCUACCUCGGCAUCCACAACAUCUUCGCCACCAUCCCGCAAUUCCUCGCCACCUUCAUAUCCAUGUUCGUGUUUUCGGUCCUGGAGCCUGGCCAGAGCCCGGAACUGGCCGCCGGCGAGGCAUCGUCACCGGCUACUCACGACCUAGCGCUGCCGCCGGGUGGACUGGCCAGGAGCGGGCUGAGCGGCACCGCUGUCUGUCUCGCGAUCGGAGCGGUGUUUCAAUUGGUGGCGGCGGCGCAGAGUCUGAGAAUGCGGAAGUUUUAG